AUGCUCCUCGAGACUGUAAAUACCGUCUCCGAACAAGCUCCAAUCAUCGACACCCAAAAACCAUUUACACUUUCCAUACCACCAAAAACAGACGUAUUCGUCUCUCCAGUUUUAGGCUACCAUUUCUCUGCGCCAGUCAUUUAUACAAAAAUCGCAACAGAUUCCUUCAAAUCAUCACGUGCUACGAUCAGUGUUCCUUUUCAGCUCCCAAGUCCAAAUUCAGAGAGUGGAUCAAAUCCUACUAUACAAUACGACCAAGCAGGCCUUAUCUUCGUCCUUCCAACUCCCUCCCUCCCUAAACCCUCUCGCGCUCACCCUGGCAGCCAUUCAGGAAUAAAAACCGGCGUGCAUCCGAAAUGGGUCAAAGCUGGUAUCGAGGUCUGGGAGGGCAAGGCGUGGGGCAGUAUUGUUGUGCGGGAUAGAUGGAGUGAUUGGAGUCUCUUUGAACUUCCAGCCUCAGCGCUCGGUGCACAUGCUGGUAUCUUAGGGAACAAACCAUCUGCGACUAUAAAUCUGGAGACGAAUCGUGUUGGUGACGCACUGAUGAUCUAUAUGGUGGAAGAGGGCCAGGAGCCAAUACCGGUUAGGAAGGUACCUUGGUGGUUUAUGGAGGAUGAGACGGAAGACGCUUUCUGGGUAGGCGUCUACGGGGCAAGACCUGACCCGUUUGAUGAGGCGACAAGGAACCUAGAAGUAGAGUUUGCAGGGUUUGAAGUGGAAUCUAAAGCAUCCGGUUGUAUAAAGGAGUUAACCACCUUCAACGUGCUUACUCUGUUUGAGUAG